CCGUCGCCGGAGCGGUCCCCCCGCGCCUCGCUGUGCUGGGGACACGGCGCCAUGCGGGUGGCCUUGCACGCGCUCUGCGGCGCCGCCGGGGCCGCCUGGCGAGAGAGCUUCCCGCUGGGCGGUCGGGACGUGGCGCGCUGGUUCCCGGGACACAUGGCAAAGGGGCUGAAGAAGAUGCAGAGCCGCCUGAAGCUGGUGGACUGUAUCAUCGAGGUCCAUGACGCCCGGAUUCCACUUUCCGGCCGCAAUCCUCUGUUUCAGGAAACUCUUGGGCUUAAGCCGCACGUGCUGGUCCUCAACAAAAUGGACUUGGCGGAUCUGAAGGAGCAGCAGAAAAUUAUACAACAUUUAGAAGGAGAAGGCCUAAAAAAUGUUGUUUUCACCAACUGUGUAAAGGAUGAGAAUAUCAAGCAGGUCAUGCCGCUGGUCAGAGGACUGGUUGAGGGCAGCUACCGCUAUCAUCGAGGAGAGAACGUGGAGUACUGUGCCAUGGUGAUUGGGAUCCCCAACGUGGGCAAGUCCUCACUCAUCAACGCACUCAGGAGACAGCACCUCGGGAAAGGAAAAGCUACCAGGGUCGGCGGCGAGCCCGGGAUCACCAGAGCUGUGAUGUCCAGAAUUCAGGUGUGUGACCGGCCACUGAUGUUCCUGCUGGACACUCCUGGGGUGCUGUCCCCUCGGAUUGAAAGUGUGGAGAUGGGCCUGAAGCUGGCCCUGUGCGGAACCGUGCUGGACCACCUGGUGGGGGAGGAGACCCUGGCCGACUACCUUCUCUACACCCUCAACAGGCACCAGCUCUUUGGGUACGUGCAGCACUACGGCCUGGACGGGGCCUGUGAUGACGUCGCCAGUGUGCUGAAGCGGGUGGCUGUGAGGCUGGGGAAGACGCAGAAGGUGAAGGUGCUCACAGGCACAGGGGACGUGAACGUCAUCCAGCCCAGCUACCCCGCGGCAGCCCGAGACUUCCUCCGGACCUUCCGCAGCGGGCUGCUCGGCCCAGUGAUGCUGGACAGGGAUGUCCUGCAGAGCCGCCCCUUGGCAGACCCCUGAGUGGGUCCAGCUGGCAGGGGCCUCACCCCAGCCUGGCCCUUGACACCAGAGAUUGGGAUAU